UGAUGACGUUGCAGGCCGCCCUCAUAACAGGAAGUGCAGCUGUCAACACCGCCAUGGGGCUGGCCCAGUGCUAGACAGCCCGCCUCUAGCCGGCCCCGGGAACUCUCCGCCAGGGGCUCAGCCCGCCUCCAGCCGGCCCCGGGAACUCUCCGCCAGGGGCUCAGGUAAGCUGGCCGGCGCUGGGCAUGCUGGGGGCUCUCUGGCUGCCAGGUGGGCUGGCUGAGGGUGAUGGGAUUCUCUCCCAGUGUGUCAGCCCUGGCUCCCAGUGCAGGCAGAGCUCAGGGAGAGAGAGGGAGAGGGAGGGACAGGAUCACCUCCACCCCCCGAUAUGUGCUGUGUAAUGUGCAGACACUCAGUGUGUAUCAGGGCUGCCAGCUGCUCAGCUCACCUCCUGCACCCACUGAUUUAUUGUGCAGGUUUCUCACCAUUUUAUUGCACAGCUCCCUUGCAGUGUUUCUCUAUGUAUCUAUCUAUCUAUGUAUGUAUGUAUUCUGCCAAGCUCUUCUAAUUUAGUUUUUUAUCUUUUCAAUAGGGAAUUGAGAAUGGACCUUCGACAAUGCUAGGGGUACAAUGGGAAGCGCCUCGCUUCGAUGUUUCUGCUACGGCUGCCUUUUCACAUCCGUGACCUGGACGCUCCUGCUCUUUAUUUAUUUCAACUUUAGCGAAGAAAGCCAAGGUGUCAGACAUGUGCCCGUCAAGGGGCUUGAACCGUACAAGCCAUUCCCUAAAAAGAUCUAUCCCCGCUUCUCCCGAGAGUCAUUGAUGCAAGUAGAGGGUGAUCGAAAAAUCCAUGCAGGGGAUCAGAAGAAAAAUAACUUUGUUGAAACAGAGCAGAAUAAUGCAGACCUCGCACCGGAAAUGGGUAAGAUGACGCAUUAAAUUCUCAUGUCUUAUGGCACAAAUUUCUUUUUUUUUUUUUUUAAUUACCGUUUUUAGGUGCAUAUAUAACAAAGAUGGUUCUUUUUGUGUUUUGAUUUUAACUAGUCUUUUAAAUGACUGAAUUGCUGCAAAAUAAACGUAGCAUGUUAAAAAUCAUAGCUGAAGCAAGGUUCUGUAGUAAACUGUAAUUUGCUGAGCUCAGAAGGUAUAAUUGCACUUUUCAUGCCAAAAUGUAAGAGAACAAAAUGUCCUAACUCUUCAGUGUUGGUUUAUUUUUAUUUAUUUUUUGCAAUUUCCUCUUCUCCAGAAACUCCAAUUUAAUAAAUAACCAUGAUUAUGCUCUUGUAGCUUCUCAAUUUGCUGCAAUUUUCAAGGGUCAAUCAUUAGAAUUAUCAUCACAGGCUUGUGAUUAGCAUUCUAAUGCGCUUAACACAAGCUGUAGGUAAUACCAUGUCUGACACUUCCGGAGAGAAUUGGCAAGACACGCGUUCAGGUUGAUCUACAAGUACCUUGCCUUGUGUGUCCCAGUAGUCGGGCAGCAAGAGACACUAUAUAUUUUCUUCUCCAUAUAUUUAUCUCGUUUUUUUUUUGGAACCCCCUCGUUCCCCUUCUUUUUUUAUUCUUCUAUAUAUUCCCACAUCCUUGGAUAUUGUCUUAGAAAUCUAUCUCAUUGGAUUUAUUCAAUACAUAUUGCUAUAUGAAUACUUUUGGAAAUACUGACAUAAGACAUCCACUAUCACAUGAACAUUGUAUGUAUAUUAAUAAAGGCUUAAGCUCUACAGUGAUCCUACAGACUACGAUGUGUAAAUACUUUGACAGCCAUAGUUCAGACGUUUAUAUAAUUGUUUAUUUUAUGUAGCAUGGUUCUUAUGCUGGCUCAUAUUUGGGAAAUACAGAUUCUUUUGUACCUUUCCAACCUCCCUUUUUUAUGAUUUUACAUUUGUUCAUUGAUAUUCAGACUUCUUGCUUUGUGUGUAUAAUAUACAGAGGCCUUGUUUAAGGAUGCUGCUCAUCCUUUAGGGGGUUAACUUGGGUUUUGCAUAUAAGCUGCCCUAUACAUAGGUUUAUUACAUUAUAAAUGAGGGCAUACUGCAAAUCCUGUGAUGGUAAAGGCUAUACAUUGACUAAAUAUACAAUAUUAUAGAGGGGAAGCACAUAUGGGAGGUCUAACAUAAACAAUUUAAUGGAAUGCCAUACUCAAAGCACAUGUUGCACAAACAAUUUAACAGCAAAGCAAUGGGUAUCUCUUUUUAAUGUUAGAUUCCAUAUGGAAUGAAAAGGAAUUAACAGAUUGAAUCCUAUCCCUCUCUUGUGUCUGACUGCUCAGUGCUAUAGUGAAAGCUCAAAUUACAGCCUGCACCUGGUGUGUAUGUGCCUCUGAUGGAACUCCGUAUUCCAUGCCAGAUUCCAUCUGAAAUCACAAAGACAGGUGUAAUGUUUCAUAAUCUUUCACUGUCAUCACUUUGGAGUAGCUUGGAUGUUUGACCUUUUGUAUCACUUUAUCAGCAUUUAUUCCUAGUGGACUCUGGGGUCCAAUAGACAAUGGAACCAAAUACGGAACUAGAACACGGUUUAUGCUCACUAGACAUUCUGUGUUAGAUGGCUGUAACAUUUAACCCCUAUUUUUAUUUCUUUAUUUUAUCCUUUUACAAGUUCACCAAGAUUGAGGUCUGGAUAUCGGACCAGCCAGGUUAUUAGAGAGGACAUUAUCUGGGUGAAGAAUAAAUAACUGCACAACUGGUUCUAAUGUAGGAUUUUCACAUCCUCUUAUCCUGUGCUCUUACCAGUAGUUUUUUUUUAAAAGAUUACUCAAACCUUGACUACUUCAAUGUCUUAAAUUGGUAAGGGUACCAGGACCUGGUAUGUGCAGCGUUUCAACGUGAGGUACUGCACACGUUGAGAUAUCUAAUGUUGCAACUGGAGGUUUGAUUAGCCCAGAGCGAGUGUUUUGCUUGUAAGACUUGCACAGAGGUUCAUUCAUUGGUUUGGAGUGUGUGUGAACUGCCAUUGUUUAAGGCUCUGCACCCGGAGGGACCCAGGUAAAUAGCAGACUGUUGUAAGCCAUUUUGUUUCCUUACUGGGGAACAGUGCCAGGUGCUCUUUUCUUUAUAGCCAGCUGGCUGUAGUAGUUAUGGCUGGUAUCACCAACUCUAUAAAAUUAAAAUAUUUGUUCUGUUUUCUUAAAGUCAGUCUUGGUCUACUUGGUAUUUAAUAAAUCUUGCCAAUAUCUGUAGAAUCAUUUCUCCAUCUGCUAGUCACUGUCUUUUUACGAUUGACCUUCCUUUCUUAAAAUAAUUAGAGUGUCUUAAUCAUCUACUCUAAUUUUAUUUCAGGCAUGAUAUUCAAUGAACAGGACCAGGAAGUGCGUGACAUUGGCUACCAGAAGCAUGCCUUUAACAUGCUAAUUAGCAAUCGUCUUGGAUACCACAGAGAUAUACCGGACACACGAGAUCCAAAGUAAGCCACUCUUUCUGAAACGGCCUUAUGAUUGUAAGGCCAUGGGAACAUAUUUAAAGGCCAAGUUAUUUUAAAUGUGCACCUGCUUUCUAGAGAGCUGUGUAACUCUAACUGCUUUGAAUAUGACAAUUGUCACAUUAGAGCUUCUGUUUCCAGUAACUGCAUGAGUCUUCCUGACCUACAAUUUUUCUGGUCACACCAUGGUGUGUGAUAGGACGUUCAUAACAUAUACAGCCUGAUUUCCUAAACUCUGGGGCAUUUGAGCACAUGGGGUAUAUAUUUUCUUUUCUUGUGUCAAGAGUUAUAAAGUGACAUUUUAGAAGGCAGGGUCUAAAAAAAAGCAGAUACAUGCUGAAUCUACUGUACCUGCGGCAUCAUUUUAUGAUUUUAAUAAAAGGAGCAACAAUUGGUUUUUAAUUUCAUGUUCAUGGUAUUUGCUGGAGACUGAGACUAGGGUACCUUGUGAGACAUGGCGACCUUCAGUUAAUAUAUCUGGAAAAUCUGUUAUUUGACUUGUGGGGGUGCGGGGAUGAGAAACCCUGAACUUCAGUGUUGCUUUCACUCUUGUAAACCAUGAUGUUAUUGAAUAGAUCAUAGGAAGUUAACUGUUAUAUUUGUUCACCGUUUACUUUAGUGAUUCAUAAUGUAUAACACAUCUUACUCUCAUUACUAAUUCCAAAAACUCAGGAAACCUAUAAUAAACAUGCUUCCAGCUUUCUGACAUGACUUUAUUGUAAAAACAUUUAUAGAUGUAAUAUUUACUUUUAAAACCAAACUGUUGCAGUGGAUGAAGGAUAUAAUGGGUAUUCUGUGUUAAUUCUGAUAUAGCACGUUCUACAUGAGGUUCUGUGUAAUAAGCCACAGAGAUAGUUAAGUAGUGCGCCAACUGCGUUAUUUUUAUCUAUUUCAUACCCUGCACUAAUAAAAGUUAAAGGAACAAUUUAAGCACCAAAUCCUUUACCAUACACUCUACUGGUUAUAUGAGUGCCCUCCAUUGUAGGUCGUACAGUUUGCCUUCAAACCUGCUGACUUUACCUUCAUACAGGAAUCCAGAAGUUCCUAAUUGUGAGCUUCCGUUGGCUCUCUAGAGCGAAGCAGGGCAGUGCAGGUCUAGUUCACUGUCUGAAAACGUCAGCUGAUUGCUCUCAGCAACUGAGUUAAACCCUGCAUCGAAUGAUAAACAGUGUAAGUAGUUGUGCAGGCGCUUCAAAGAAUAGAAUAACCAAAAUGGUGUGUGUAAAUGGUAAACCGAUAAGAACUCAACAUUUUUCAAAAAUUGUUUGCAUCCUUACAAUGGGGGAGGGGGCUACUGGGCAGUAAAGUAUGAUGUAGUGGUUAUGGUGCUUAAAGUAUUCCUUUAAUUCUUUCCUAACUUUGCUGAUAAAGGAAAGGGAGCUGCAGGAAAAGGGUCACCGGCUCAUUUAAAGGAGCAAAACCUAACGAGUUGUUUGUCAGGAAUAUCCCUUUUCUUACACAAUGUACAAUCAUUGAACACUCACCAAGCUGGAUGGAAAAAACAAACAAACCACAUUUAAAUCCAUGCCGUGCUUUCUGUUGAUUACUGCAAUAUAAUUCUUGCCAUUGUUCCUAGGUAUAUGUAGCAAUAUGUCCUGUUCUAUAUUUGGCAGUAUGCAUUACACUGGGAAUAACUUGAUAAAUAGCUUGAUGACCUGGAAAAAUUAUUUCGACUUGACUGUUUUGUGACUAAAAUAUUCAAUUUUGUUGUCCGUUAUCCACAAUCACCAGUCUAAUUAAUCACCCAAUUAUGUCUGUCAUUUCACGUAUAGCUCUAAAAAAAACCUGAAGUUGGCAAAACAAAUCUGUUGGUAACGUUAAGUAGACCUCCUUGCGAGUCCUGAUUUUUCAUUUACAGCGAUCAGCAAUUAUAGACUCGUCGGAAUGCACAGUCUAAUGAAAACAAGAGAUCUCACAAAGUUCAAUAGGAUUCCUCAGGGGCACUUAAAGGGUAACCAUCCUCUCUCUGGAAAUUAUACUUUGAACCUGACCUAUAACUUUUUUUUUCAUUCUUAUUUAAUGUAUUUUUCAGUUUUCUUCUAAAUUUAUAUUCCAUGCAAAUUACGGAACAAUCCAGUUCAGUCCAGGCACACAUUGGAAACAAUGAGAAGAGACGUUGUUUCAUUUCUCCCCUUCUGUCUGCUUUCUAUGACUGCUAGGUGUAAAGGACAGCGCUUAUAACUGAUUGAAAGGGAGCUAAAAUGGAGGCGCCCGGUUGCAGAAUAAAGAGUGUGAUUUUCUACCUCUGUUUUUUUUUUUUUUUUUGUUUUCUCUUACUUAAACAUGUAUUCGAGGAGUAUCAGGGAUAUGUAGCAUAGCAAGUGUUUGUGUAUAGAUUACACAUGGUGAAUAUCAUUUAUCCAAAUGAGUAGACUCUCUUCUUUCCUGACUGGCUUAUGACACCUCCAAUUUUUUAUUUUAUUUUUUUGGGGGCAUUUUUAUAUAUUUGCUAAAACACUUGAUAUUAACGUGUUCGCAUUUCAGAGAACGAACAAAAGCUUAGAGAAACUCAAUAGCUUACCCUUCGGUAAGCCAUCACUGACCUAUACCAUUGCACAUCACACUGAUCUCACCCAUAAGGGCAGUCUAGAACGGACAUACAGCAACCUUGGACAAUCGUUUCAGUAUUGUGAGCCUCGUCAGCGAGGUGUAGCUAAUACCCCUCUGGACUGCCCUUAUGGGUGGAUCAGGCUGAUAUACGAAUGGUAUAGGUUCUCUUUUGUAAUGGAACAAAUGAGACCUGAGCAGGGUCUAUCCGAAGGGCAAGUUACUGAAUUUCUAUAAGCUUUUUCCUCUUCUCACAUUUCCUAUUUUGUUGCAGAUAAGAAUAGUUGGAAUUAAAAAGUUUGUUUUAUAUAACUUCAUUUCAAAUGUAAUUUGUUUGAGUUAGCUAAAUAUUAUUUAUUUGUAAUGGGUAUGAUUCACUCUGAUUCAAUAAACUCAGCUAUUUUUCACUUGGUUUUGGAAGUUUUUGUCACGUAGGUGAACAGAGCUUAUUGGUGAUUCCUGGAUAUUCUGAGGGCAUCCUGCCGGCUGUGUGUUUAAGAUCAAUUCACACAGUGUGUAUGCUCUCUAUAAACGGAUACUUGUUAACCCUUCAUGCCCUAUACAUUAAUUGUAUUUGCAGAUUAAAGGACCACUUCAUCUUUAUGUGAUCCUCAUUUUAACAUUUUCACAAAAGGGUUGAAACAGCAAUUUUGAAAUGAAGGGUUAUAUUCACCUAAAUACAAGUACUUGUAUUCGAUCAGAUGGUCUCCGAGACCAUUUAAUUAGCCGUGCAUGCACACUAGCCUCAUGUUUAAUGAUGGGUUGAUAGCCACAAUGUAGAUAAGGUACCGGUAAGUAAAACUUCCAUUUUAAGCCCUCACAGCAUGGGUGCUGCAUUGGGAAAACAAAGUGUUUUGCUUUAAAUAAAUACUGUCAUGUUAUGCAUGACACAUCCUGAUAACUGCUGACUAGCACAAGAUUUCCAGGAAGAUCCCAUUUAUUGACUAAUGCCUUAUUUACCCCCAAAUCCUGGAAUCUUGUGUGAUCAGCUGCUCAUUCUUGUGAUGUGUGAUUCUAAGAUUCACUUGGGUUCCUCUAAAGAAAUACCCACUCAAUCAUCUGUGUCUCAACCAAAAAAAGCGGUCGCCUCUCAAUGAGUUCAUUGUGGCUUGGAAACUGCCGCAGGUUAAAACUGUAACAGUUAAAAAGUGGUGUGUGUGUGUGUGUGUGUGUGUGUGUGUGUGUGUGUGUGUGUGUGUGUGUGUGUGUGUGUGUGUGUGUGUGUGUGUGUGUGUAUUUGCUUGGCCAAGAAGAAACCUGUGGUUCCAGUAUGUUUUGCCAUUAAAGUCAAUGUUGCUUCAUCUUCCUUAAGGUAAUUACUAAACAGUUGGAGUUUUGCUCUAAACUUUGCAAUUUGUUGGUGACUUCCCACCAUUUCCUGGUUUACUGAAUAGCUCUUAAUGACUUUUCAUGGCUUACAACAAAAUGAUUAAUAAUGGAAAUUUUUAUAUAUAAAUUAGUUUUUUACAUAGAGCUUUGCUGUUAUGCAUUUAAUCUUACUGUUUUGUUUUUUUCCUCUUUUCUCUAUUGAUAGAUGUGCGACAAAAUCCUACCCCGCUGAUCUGCCCCUCGCAAGCAUUGUGAUUUGUUUCUAUAAUGAAGCCUUUUCGGCUUUGCUACGAACUGUUCACAGCGUGUUAGAUCGAACACCAGCUAAUCUACUACAAGAGAUCAUUCUUGUAGAUGAUCAUAGUGAACUAGGUGAGGUUGUGUUUUUAUUUAUUUUUUUUAAUUUUUUUUUAAUUUAUUUUUUUUUCGGUUUAGAUAUUGUAGUCUGCUAAGGUUAACGGAUUGUCUAUAUGUGACCUAUAUUAUCUCACUGUAAUGUAUGCAAACCAAACAAAGAUCGGUAACAUAAGAUGUUCCAGUCUGAGGGUUUCUAAUGAUGGGGAAAGCUAGUGGUUUCAAGGCCGAUAUGGCAGAUCUUGCCCAGAAGUGUAGAUCUUCCUGUAUAAUCACCUAGUGUUAGUGAAUACUCUUAUUUGUUACACUUUCAGAUGACUUGAAGGAUUUAGAGGACUAUAUGUCAGAAAAUCUUCCGAAGAAGGUGAAAUUGGUGAGGAACAAAUACAGAGAAGGUUUGAUUCGGGGCAGGAUGGUUGGAGCUUCUCAUGCAACAGGUAACUGUAUUGUUAGAAAACCUAUUUUCAUGUGUAGUACACCGCUGUAUUAACAUUGUUAAUGGAUCUCACACCUUGAAGAAUCCACAAAUAUUUACAAUGAACACGUGUCCCGCAUCCCUUUUUAGUAUGAUCCAUUUAUCUGGCCUAUAGCUUAUGUUUAUUUGCUUCUUAGUUGAAGUAAUUGAUACUGUCAUGUAAAAAACUGGAUAAUUACACAGUGCUCAAAUAGGAAGUUAAGAUACUUAAGUUAGGGUAUACAGAUACUGCAGAAUUUUUAAAAAUUCUAUAUAUUCUCAUUCGGCAAAAUUAUAUAUUAAAUACAAAUGCAUGACACGGGAAUCGUGAAUAUGUAUUUCAAACAAUGGACUCCAUUUUAAUUUUGGAGAAACGUCUAAAAUUAUUUAAAACAUAAAAAAAUCUACAUAUUAAGGCAUUUUUCAAAAUAUUGAAGCAUUUGAAAAGGUUAUUUAAAAAUUAAACUGAGGCCAAUAGUUUAUGUGAAAUGAUUGAAACAUUUUUACAUAGGUAUGCCUAUUAAUAAAGUGUAAUUAUUUAUGUAAAGUAUAACUUAAAAAUAAAUUACCCUAUAAAAUGCACUAACGGUUUAUCUUACAAAUGAUAAGGGGAGGAAGUGGAGCUUUUGCAAGAUAAAUACAUUUUAACUGUAUUUUCAGUGAACAGUUUGAGCUAAUGAAUCACAUACUGCUAAUUAAACUACACUCUAACUCCGUGUCAGAUUAAAAUGUAUAACAUAUCAGUGUUCGGGUCAUGUAGCAAGGGCAUCUAAAGUUAGAUUUUUAUGUAUAGUGUUUUGAACUGAAUACCAUUAUGUAGCUUUAUUCUAUAUAUUGAAUUGGGAAAUCUAUCAUAUCUUAGAUCCCGAAUGGUUUCUCGUAUUGCACUGUAUUUCACCUCCUUUUCCUGAGCCUGUGUUGUCCUUCCAGGUGAUGUCCUUGUGUUUCUGGACAGUCACUGUGAAGUGAACGAAAUGUGGCUGCAGCCCCUUCUUGCACCUAUUAAGGAGAACCAGAAGACAGUGGUGUGUCCGGUUAUUGACAUAAUCAGCGCAGACACCUUGAUUUACAGCUCGUCGCCUGUUGUACGUGGGGGUUUUAACUGGGGUCUGCACUUUAAAUGGGACCCAGUUCCACUAUCAGAGUUGGGAGGCCCGGAAGGAUUCACUGCUCCGUUUAGGUAUGUGACGUAACAAGCUAUAAACAUCGUUUGCAUAGGGGAGGGCUACAGUCCAUUAUUGGGUUAGUUUUGGAUUAAACUGCCAUUUGUAACGUUAGUUUAUUUUAAAAUCUUUUUUCGUAUGAAUUGCAGUUACCUGUGUUCACAGUGCUCUGUAUCACACAUUUUAAUCUAGACAUUUUGUGCCAGAUUUUCAGUAGCCAAAAGUGGGAUCACUUGACAGCUAUGUCUAAAAUAAAAUUGAAUAUAUGCAGAAUAAGAUGGCAUGCGCAAGAUUAAUGGACAUAAACAUGGUACUACUAUGUAACCGCUCCUUUAACUCCGCAAUAACUUGGUAGAAAUAGUAGGCUUGGCAAACAGCAAAGUCAUUUUAAGGAUUCCUUGGAUUACUGCCAAAAGUAAAAGAAAGAGGCUUUCUUACUGCCACUGCAUUUAUAAAGUCACCAGCCAAUCACUGUGAAUAUGUUUUUAAAAUAUUUAACAAGGUUUAAGGAUGGCUGAGCGUCAUGGGAAGUGUAAUUCAGAAACCUCACUGCUCCAGGUUAAACUGCCUCUGUUAAUGUUAAAACAUAUACCUGACUCUAGAGCCAAAAGGGUUACUUUAGUUUACACAACUCCACAAAAAGCUGCUGGAACAUUGACCUAGAGAUCAGCCCAUCAAGCAGGGCACUAAAAUAAAGUCCUCUCAGUUGUGUGAAAACUAUUCUUCCAUCAACAAAUUUUAAUUUUCUGUGUUUCCUAAGGCGCAGAUGUCAAAUUACAGUAAAAGAACCUGAAAUGGCUUUAACAGGUUCAGUUCUUCUAAAUCCUACAUUUUCAAUGUUUCUGUUUAUGAAUCAUUAACCACUUUUUUUUUUUUUUUUUAAUUUAUUUAUUAAUUUGUGUUUUCUUUUUGUCUUCUCUCUGUUCCCUUGGCAAAUCUCCUCCACAUUUUCACUGUUUGUUACUACUCCCGUGCAAUGCCAGAACACAGCUGGAUUGUGAUUCCAGUUACUAAACCUUUAAUAUAGAUAUUUGAAAGAGAAUGACGCAUGAUAAAAUUAUCAACAUAUGUUAAAGUGUUAUUGCCAGAAAACAGACCGUUCACCUUUAAGGUGCUCUUUAACUUCAAUUUCUUAAACUCCCUAACUUCUGGCUACUCAAUGGAAAGGGAAUAUUAUGUAUGUCCCAAGGAAGGAAUAGUGUUUUAAGUCUAUUAGCUGGAUAGAAGUUUGGAAAAUGCUUGGAGGAUUUGCUGGCAGAAUUACUGAAGCCAUAUAAACUCACUGUUACUAUUUGGGAAUCAUUUUAACAUUCCAAAAUAGGGCCUUGCUUUUUUUUUUAAAUGCUUUUUGCUACAAAGGAGUAAGUUCUUUUUGAUCCUAGUUUAGAAAUAGCUUAACUAACGUCAGUUAUACUUACCAUAACGACAUGAACAGGAGCACUCUGAUUGAGAGAUCAUAGAAACAUAGAAUGUGACGGCAGAUAAGAACCAUUUGGCCCAUCUAGUCUGCCCAAUUUUCUAAAUACUUUCAUUAGUCCCUAGCCUUAUCUUAUAGUUAGGAUAGCUUUAUGCCUAUCCCACGCAUGCUUAAACUCCUUUACUGUGUUAACCUCUACCACUUCAGCUGGAAGGCUAUUCCAUGCAUCCACUACCCUCUCAGUAAAGUAAUACUUCCUGAUAUUAUUUUUAAACCUGUGUCCCUCUAAUUUAAGACUAUGUCCUCUUGUUGUGGUAGUUUUUCUUCUUUUAAAUAUAGUCUCCUCCUUUACUGUGUUGAUUCCCUUUAUGCAUUUAAAUGUUUCUAUCAUAUCCCCCCUGUCUCGCCUUUCCUCCAAGUUAUACAUGUUAAGAUCCUUUAACCUUUCCUGGUAAGUUUUAUCCCGCAAUCCAUGAACCAGUUUAGUAGCCCUUCUCUGAACCCUCUCUAAGGUAUCAAUAUCCUUCUGAAGAUACGGUCUCCAGUACUGUGUACAAUACUCCAAGUGAGGUCUCACCAGUGUUCUGUACAAUGGCAUGAGCACUUCCCUCUUUCUACUGCUAAUACCUCUCUAUACAACCAAGCAUUCUGCUAGCAUUUCCUGCUGCUCUGUUACAUUGUUUGCCUACCUUUAAGUCAUCAGAAAUAAUCACCCCUAAAUCCCUUUCCUCAUAUGUUGAGGUUAGGACUCUAUCAAAUAUUCUGUACUCUGCCCUUGGGUUUUUACGUCCAAGAUGCAUUAUCUUGCACUUAUCCACAUUAAAUGUCAGUUGCCACAAUUCUGACCAUUUUCUAGUUUACCUAAAUCAUUUGUCAUUUGGCUUAUCCCUCCUGGAACAUCAACCCUGUUACAUAUCUUAGUAUCAUCAGCAAAAAGACAUACCUUACCAUCAAGACCUUCUGCAAUAUCACUAAUAAAAAUAUUAAAGAGAAUGGGUCCAAGUACAGAUCCCUGAGGUACCCCACUGGUGACAAGUCCAAGCUUCAAAUAUAUUCCAUUAACUACAACCCUCUGUUGCCUGUCACUCAGCCACUGCCUUACCCAUUCAACAAUAUUGAAUCCAAACUUAAAGAUUUCAGUUUAUUGAUAAGCCUUCUAUGUGCAACAGUGUCAAAAGCCUUACUGAAAUCUAGGUAAGCAAUGUCUACUGCACCACCCUGAUCUAUAAUUUUAGUUACCCAAUCAAAAAAAUCAAUAAGAUUUGUUUGGCAUGAUCUCCCUGAAGUAAACCCAUGUUGUCUCCGAUCUUGAAAUCCAUGUGUUUUUAGAUGUUCAACAAUCCUAUCCUUUAACAUGGUUUCCAUCACUUUCCCCACUACUGAAGUAAGGCUUACUGGCCUAAUCAUUGCUAGGAUUCUCAGAGCUGGAGUGGCAUUUACGUCUGUCCUCAAAUAUCCGUUCUCUGCCCGACAUAGAACUAGGCUUGCCCUUUUUGCCCCAGUCAGCUUGUAUUGGAGGCUCAGACACCCUCACACCCCUGCCAGGUGAUGUUGUGGGCUUUACAUUUAUUUCCACCAUUUGGCAGUGAGUGGGCUUCACUAAUGUGUGAAUUGACAGGAAUUCAAAUCGCUUUUUAUAUUGUCAGCCAAACUAGAAGAAUAGCUGACUUGCCCAUUUCCCCCCCUUCGCCUCCCACAUUUGGCCAUUGUGGCCUAAGAUGUCGAAUUUACAUUUAUAUAACUUAAUAUAGGCAGAGGUUUGGGAGCCUGAAUAGCAAAUUAGUUCUCAUAUUUAUAUCUUUUUAGACUCUCUCCCUUUCCUCUUUACUCCUCUGUUUCCAAACCAUUUGGCCAAAUAGGACAAUAAGCCCGUUUGUUUUUCCUCUGAACUGGAACAAAUGGAUGUGUCUGCUGGUGCCAAGUCCUUUGUAAAGAGGACAGUAGUAAAUCAAACUAGUCUCUGAUCAAAUAGCAUCGAUAGGGCACGGCUGUAAUAAGAAAGGGAGAUAGGGCAGUCUUCCUUUUUUAGGGGCCGUAAUAUUGCCCUCUAGUGCUGCAAAUAUGCGUUUCAUUUCCUUCGUAAUAUACUUACCAGUAGGUUCUUGUAUUUUUACUGGAGUAAAAUUCCUCAUUUUAUUGCUUGUGAGUUUCUGUAAAGUUGCCUCAAGCAGUGGCUGGGCCAAUUGCCCCAUCAGACAUGAAGUCUAAUGCCAAGAAUUGGUUAUUCUAUCUGUUUCACAAAUUGAAAUGUGCUGGUGUAAAUGAAGAUCUGAGCUAUAUAAAAAUAAUAAAAUCCCCUAGACUCGCAAGGUAACGUUUGUAGCAUUGGGUCUAUUAGAACAAUGUGUGAUCAAACUUUCAUUUUAUUCUUUCUUUAACCUUCUUUCCUUCGCAGGAAUAAGACUCAGAAAGCUACUCUUUUUAUUUUAGGUCUCCAACUAUGGCCGGGGGUCUCUUUGCAAUGGACCGAGAAUAUUUUAAUACUCUGGGGCAGUAUGACAGCGGAAUGGACAUCUGGGGAGGAGAAAAUCUAGAAAUUUCCUUUCGGGUAAAUGAGUUUAUUUUGUUUUUCUAAAAACCCCAGAGUUCAUCAAAUAUAAUGGAUGGCAUUUACACUGUCUUCCUUGUUUUCUGGUUGUGGAGUUUUUAUUUUUUUUAUUUAUUUUAUAUUUAUUUGAAAUCUUUUUAUCAACAGGCAUACAGAAAUAUAUAUUUUUUUUAAUAGUAGCUAUGACAUGUGUCCAUAUUAUACAGUCUAGUGGAUAUUAGCUUAUACAUUGUGUUAUGAAUUUAUGAAGAUAAAAAUGAAUGUGUUCUCCUUGUGGUCUCUUUCAUCAUGUAUAAAGAUGCAUUGAAGUAUUGCCAAUUAGUUCAUUCAUGAGGUCUGGGAAUCCUUGUAUUGGCUACUGCUGCCUGUAUCUUUCUUUCUUCUAUUUUUUUAAUUACUGAUGUAGCCAGGGGAAUAAAAAAAUGUAUCCCAAAUUAAUCAGACUAAGAAUGCUCCAAUUAAAGGACCACUCUAGGCACUCAGACCACUUCAGCUUAAUGAAGUGGUCUGGGUGCCAGGUCCUUCUAGGGUUAACCCAUUUUUUUUAUAAACAUAGCAGUUUCAGAGAAACUGCUAUGUUUAUCAAUGGGUUAAGCCUUCCCCCUAAUCCUCUAGUGGAUGUCUCAUUGACAGCCACUAGAGGCGCUUGCGUGCUUCUCACUGUGAUUUUCACAGUGAGAGCACACAAGCGUCCAUAGGAAAGCAUUGUAAAUGCUUUCCUAUGCGACGGGCUGAAUGCGCGCGCAGCUCUUGCCGCGCGUGCGCAUUCAGCCCAGGAGGAGGAACGGAUGAGGAUCGGAGGAGGAGAGCUCUCCGCCCAGCGCUGGAAAAAAGUAAGUUUUAACCCCUUUCCCCCUUCCAGAGCCGGGCGGGGGCACCCUCAGGGCACUAUAGUGCCAGGAAAACGAAUAUGUUUUCCUGGCACUAUAUAGUGGUUCUUUAAGCAGGUUUUUACAGCUUGGAUAUUAAGAUUCAGACAGACAGGUUUUUCACCUAUCAAGGGAAUCAUAACUCAUUAAUAUGUCUAUUAUUUUUCUCUAUAUAAUGAAACCCAGUGCUGAAAUUAAAUCUUCGGGAAAAAAUUAUCCAAAUAAAAGUUGUGCUAUCCACUAAAGUGAUUUGAUAACUUGCUUUAUGCUUUUAUUUUUUUUUUUUUUUUGAAGGAUGAUCAGAUGUUUGAGCAUUUUAUAUUUUCUUGGUUUAUUUCAGAUCUGGAUGUGUGGUGGCAGCCUUCUUAUAGUACCUUGCUCCAGAGUUGGGCACAUUUUCCGAAAGAGACGUCCAUAUGGUUCACCUGGUGGCCAUGACACAAUGGCCCACAAUUCUUUGCGUUUGGCUCAUGUUUGGAUGGAUGAAUAUAAGGUUAGUUGGUGGGUGAAGUUCUAAUGAAUGUUGUAGUCUUUUUUUUUUUUUUUUUUAAUUUUAUUUUUAUCAACACAAUCUUGUUACAAGGUUAUAUGUUUUAUCAUUAGCAUAGAGGACCAUUUGCUGUAACCAAAUAAAAUAUCUGCUUGAUGUAAGAAAUUUGAAAAAGAACAAAAAAAAUUAACCCACUCGCAUUCACACCUGUAAUAUGAUUUAGCUGAUGGGUGCUUUCAGUGUCCCUUUAACUAAUUAUUAGAAAACAUUUAGAAUUUAAAUCCUGGUCAGUGACUGGAAAAUCCACAAAUCAGGAUAAACUAAUGGCAGACCCCAGUCUUUUAUGUAUCUAUUAUUUAUUUUUAGAUGCUAAAAGUAACUAUAGACACACUAUGACUUUCAGUUGUAUAUGAAUGUCUCUCUGAACAGUUAAUUUCGCUAUGCUAUUACUAGUAAAGAGACACUCUUACCUCCAUAAUGAAGCUGUUUUGGUGUAUAGAUUAUUCCCCUGCAGUGUUGCUGCUCAAUUAUCUGCCAUUUAAGCGUUUCUUUUUCUGCAGCACUAGCCUCAAGCUUCCUAGCAAUGACUCUCACAGCUUAUUUGAACUUUAAUUACACACUGGAGGCUGCUGCAAGCUUUAGCAGUCUAUUAACUGAGCAGGAGAUUAAACAUUCUAAAGUAUUUUAUUUUUAUUAGCUUCCCUAUUUGUACAGUAUGUCUACUCUUUCAGGAAGUGUAUAGGGUGGCUCUGUGGGUCUCAGCCAGCGGAGGCGUGGCUUUGGCUGCAUAAACAGUGAUUUAACUCCUAAAUGGCAGAGAAUUAAGUGGUGAGACUUCAGGGACAUGAUCUAUACACUAAAACAGCUUAAUUAAGCUAAUGCUAUUUUGGUCCUUUGAGUGUCCUUUAAAAUGUAACAGAGAGCUGUAUACAGUUUGCCUCAUGCAGUAUAUUUAAUGCAUUUACUUCACUACAACCUUUUUUUCUUUGUCUCCAUAACAGGAACAAUAUUUUGUUUUGAGGCCAGAACUAAGAACCAGAGAUUAUGGUGAUAUCAGUGAGCGCUUGGCAUUAAGGGACAGGUUGCAAUGCAAAUCUUUUAAAUGGUAUUUGGACAAUAUAUACCCAGAGAUGCAAGUGUCAGGACCAAAUGCUAAAGCCCAGCCACCUGUUUUUGUUAAUAGAGGCCCCAAGAGACCAAAAAUACUGCAGCGUGGGAGGGUAAGAAAUAAUUCAACCAUGUCAGUAUAGCACAGAUCUGUUGUUGGUUCACUAUCUAAAUGUCACACUGCGUUCAAAUGUUCCUAUUGUAAUAUAACCUUGAAUAAGAAUUAUUUAACUUUUUAUAACAAGAGCGCUGGUUUAAUAGAAACUUGAUUCUGCAUGCAACGCUUUAAUGCAUUAUGUGAGUAACCAUUUAUCAAGCUGAAUAAAAAUACAUGUGUAGCAUUUAUAAACAAGGAUUGUGUAUGUAUCAGCUUGAAAAUCCGGAACUGCACCACUGGUGGCAUAAUCUGUCCAGCUAUUCCAUGUAAUGAAGGUUAAUAGUGCAUUGAUAUUCCUUUUGGUGCAUGACAAGAUUGCCACCAACUCUGCAGAGUGGUCGUAUCUUUAAUCACUUUCAUCUGGGUAUUCCUGGCCCUCAGGCACCAGAUGAAAUCACUCCAAAAAUGGGUCAUCUGUCUCUGCGCAUGCUCAGAUCCUUUAUGCUUCUCUUUCCUGCUGAUUUUCAUCUCCUGUGCUUGACUAAAUGGGAAACUGGGAAACUUCCAUAGGGAAGAGAAGAAAGCAAGACUUUUUAAAGAAAUUGUUCUCGCACUCCAGUUGGAAGAUGUAGUAUCAUUAGUUAAAGGGACACUAUAGUCACUAGAACAACUACAGCUUAUUGAACUUGUUCUGGUGAGUUUAAUCAUUACCUUCAGGCUUUUUGCUGUAAACACUGUCUUUUUCGAUUACAGCCUAGUAAUAACUCCACUGGUCAUUCCUUUAGAUUACUACUACUACUACUACUACUACUACUACUACAGGUGCUUCCUGGGGCAGUGCUGCACAGUGUGACUGACAUUCAUUGUCUCCACCCUCUGCAUGCAGACAUUGAACUUUCCUCAUUUAUUCAGUGCAUCUCUAUGAGGAGAUGCUGAUUGGCCAGGGCUGUGUUUGACUUUUGCUAACUCUUUCCCUGAUCUGCAUCCUUGACAGUCUCAGCCAAUCCUAUGGGAAAGCAUUGUGAUUGGCUCUGAACAACACUUUUGAUGUCAGCCAAGCUGGCAUAUCACGGGAAGAGACAGCAGCUGCAGACUUGAACAAAAGUAGGACUUUGCUAUAUUUAGGGGAGCAAGGUGUGGCUAGAUGGUGGUUUUAACCCUAUAAGGACAGGAAUACAUGUUUGAGUUCCUGACCCUACAGUGUUCCUUAAAUGGGUUUUCGUGAUCUCUGACCACACGAUUAUUACUGUUCUAAAGCAUACAUUUUAUUUCUCACUCUCAAUUUUAUUGAAUUCCCAAGUGCCUGAGAUGUUUUCCCUUGACCAGUUCCAAACGGAUAGUAUAAAGGACAUAUAGAAAAUUGUGUUUGCUGUCUUGGCUUUAAUUUGGUUUGGAAACUUUUUCUGGGGAAAAUAUAAAUCCAAACAAUUUUGUUAUUUUUGUGUUUAUCUUGGAGUGUAAUAUUAAUGGUCCGAAGUUAAGAUGGUUUUUAACCUGCAGGUUAAAGUACUGGCUAGGGAGUGCACUUUGCUCUACGUGAUAUAUUAAAGUUAAUGUUUGCUUCAUUGCCUCGAAACCUAGAAUACACAAAGAUGAGCGUGUAUGUCUACUUAUAUAUCUAUAUCCCAAUGCGCUCAGCCACAUUGUCCAAUUAUAUUCUCAUUUACUACCCGCAUUCCUCCCAAAACCGCAUUUUGAAGGCAAGGGGUGGCUGUUUUUAGGAUCUAUUUUGAGUUCCUGAAUAUGGUCUCAAAGUCAUCAAUGGUCCUGAGCUCUGCUGUUAUGGGUCUUUGUAUCUUAAACCUUAACAUAAAUAAAUAAAUAAAUAAAACUAUAUUUUCCACCCAGUCUACUUACAGAUAUAGUGUGCAAUUUUUAUUGCUGCAUCCUUCUUCCUCUCUUCCCAAGCCGGGUAAGUGUUAGCAGAGUAGGCACCUGUAAUAUGGGGAAAGCAGGUGCCUACUCUGCUAGAACACCAGCAUGUACUCGCGGCUCGCUGGGCCGCAAAGAUGGUCGUUGUGGGCCGCGAGUUUGACAUGCUUGUCAUACAGUGUUAUUUCAGUUUAUGGCAGAUGGUUUUUGAACCGAUAUGCAAGGACUCCUUGUGUACUGACAAACAGAUGGCUUUAUAUGGCUGUGUAAUGAUCUGCACAUAUAUAUAUUGUGGAUUUUCCUUUUUAUAUUUUUUUUUUUUUUUAUAUAUAUAAAUACUUUCAGCAGCAUCCCAAAUAGUACUUCCGGUUUAGCUUUUAUAUUCCAAGUCUUUGUAGGCAUGUUUUUGAAAAAUAUAGUUUUCUUCUAAAUGCCCUCUGUAAUGACACAAUUGAAAUAAAACAUGUCUGAUGCCCGAACAGAGGGGGGAAAAAAAAAAUCCCAAGAGCUUGCACAAGUUAUUCCGUUUUGUACUGGUUAACUUUAUUUUCUCAUGUAUGUUUUGGCUUUUAUAUGCAUAGUGUUUUGGCCUCCUUAAAGGGAUACUAGUGUCACCAAAACAUACUCUGGCUUAAUGACGUAGUUUCACUGUAUAGACCAUGACCCUGCUGUCUCAUUGCUCAGUUCUCUACCAUUUAGGAGUUGCAUUGCUUUGUUUAUACAGCUCUAGUCACACCUCCCUGCAUGCGACGUGCACAACCUUCCUAAACACUUUCUGUAAAGUGAGAUCUAAUGUUUGCACUUACUUUAUUGCAAAUUCUGUUUAAUUUAGAAUUUCUAGCCUCCUGCUCUGUUUAUAGCUUUCUAGACCCUGCAGGAGCCUCCAGUGUGUAAUUACAAGAAACGUGCAGAGCAGGAGAUAAAAACAUUUUACAUUAAGUAACAUCUGAUUGAAAAUAAAACCAUUUUGAUUUCAGGCAGGCUGUCAGUCACAGCCAGGGGAGGUGUGGCUAGGGCUACAUAAACCGAAACAAGUGAUUUCACUUCUAAAUGGCAAUGAAUUGAGCAGUGAGUCUUCAGAGGCAUGAUCUGUACACUAAAACUGCUUCAUUAAGAUAAGGUUGUUUUGGUGACUAUAGUGUCCCUUUAAGUAUACCGCCUAUUUCAGACACAGAUCCGUUACUCUGUGCAUCUCUGGUGGGCAUUGGCUCUUCUUUUCUGGGCUAGAAUCAAGGAAGGCUGGCACAAUCUGUGGUGUGUUUUUUUUAAAAUUAAUUUAUUUAUUUUUUUGUGUAACUCUCCUGUUUCAGAGAAACUAUGUUUAUAAAACUGGACCAGGCACCCAGACCACUUUUAUCUGUCUCAACACACACACACACACACACACACACACACAAAAUACUACUGUUCAGUUAAACGCUUGUCUGUCACUCCAGUUAUCAAUCUGCAGAGACUCUGCCAUCCCUAUUAAGCAAUUUAUUAAUCACCUUCAAGGAAAAUAAAGAAAACCUUCAUUAUGUCACUGUAUUGCAGGAAAUCUCACCGUUGCCCAUAGUUGACUAGUUCCAUGCUCUGUAUUGCAUAAUUAAGGCAUUUUAAUUUGCCUUGGUGAAAAUCACGAAGUUUUUUUUUUUUUUUUUUCUAUUCUGCCUCUGCCUUACAGAGCUUUCCUUUUUCUUUUUCAGCUUAUCAACCUGCAGACUAACCGGUGUCUUGUUGCCCAGGGACACCCGAGCCAGAAGGGGGGAUUGGUGGUGGCUAAUGAAUGUGACUUUAAUGAUUCAGAGCAGGUUAGUUACACCUUUUUAUAUUAUUCUUCAGCAUUGAAUAAUAAGAAAUGUGAAAUGAUCUAUUGGUCUGAAAGGCCUGCUUGACAUCUCUUAAAAACCCACAUUUUUAUGCCAUUUGUCCUCUUGAUGAAAACUUGUUCUUUUAGAAUCUUGCUAUCUGUAUAUUGGAUCAAAGUGGAUGAUUAUUUAGGUGAAGAUCUGUAUGGGUCUUGGCUGUUUUAGGAAGGAAUUGAAAGCUUGGCCCUUGGUAUAUCUUUUCUGAAUCUUUUCACUAAUCCAGCUGGAAUUAUCUGUAAUUCGAAAACUAACCCUCUUCCCCCUUAUUAUCCAUCAGAACCCAAAUUACACUCUGAUUUAGUUUUAUAUCAUAGUACAUUUUGAAGAAAGCAAAAUAUAUUUUGCAAUGCCCUUUAAGAUCUGGUCUUUUGAUGGAGAAGGCAUUGCAGAUCUUUUAAUUAACCUGCUGUACCCGGUAAAUAUGUGUCUGUAUCAUCUGUUAGGAACCCACUAAAUGUGUCCCAACCUUGGAUGUUAAGAACCUCAGCUCAAUAUUGUUAGAUGAUGACUUUUACCAGAGAUUAACUACGAGUUUGCAAGAAAUGUGUAGUGUGUUUUUUGGUAUUUAUGUGCCCCUCAUAUUUUGUUCUUCCAGAUCUGGACUUACAAUGAAGAAAAUGAGCUUAUUUUAAGUAAUCUUCUCUGCUUGGAUAUGUCCGAGACCCGUUCGUCAGAUCCACCACGUCUAAUGAAAUGUCAUGGGUCUGGAGGAUCACAACAGUGGGUGUUUGGUGUAAGUGUUUGCAUAGCCUACAUACAUGUAGAAUAUGUAUUAAAGAGGCUCCCAAAAGGCCGCAAGAGAAAUAAAAUGUACCUAUCUACAGCUUUAGAUGUCUUUUGCUUAUUAGUGACUCCAAGAUUAUAGUCAAACCAUCAUUUGGAAAAUAAAUGUGAGUUUUCGUUUUAUGACUAAUUUUUGAUUGGGAUAAUUAACCCAUGUGUUUGUAACCUUCCUUUCCCAAGCUACUCAUCCAGUUUCUAGCUUAAAGAUAGCCAUUGCAGGUAUGCAGUUUUUAACCCCUUAAGGACCAAACUUCUGGAAUAAAAGGGAAUCUUGACAUGUCACACGUCAUGUGUCCUUAAGGGGUUAAUAUACUUUUUGCACCAUAACCACUCCAGUAAGCUGUGGCGGUUGCAGCGCGUCAAAUGCCAUGAUAUAUUUGACAAAAUACAAAUGAGCAGCUAAAUGGUUUGUGAAAUCAUGAAACCGCUGUUUUAGAAAAGGCUGAAAUUGCUAUUCUUGCAAAUAUUCCAUGGUUACAUGUGAUGGUAAAUAACAUUUCAUCAAGACAUUGUUGGGACUUGGUCAGUAAGCCAGGAGACGUAACAAGGGAAUUAUACAUUUUAGAUCAAAGUAACUGAAUGGGAAGUUUGUGGUUUUUUUUUUUUGUUUUUUUUUUUUUUUUUUUUUUUUUUUUUUUUUAUUUAUUUUAAACUUAGGUGUUUUGGCCUUAAGAGAAUUCUCUAAACAGCAAAGACUUUCAUUUCAAGUGCUUUUAUGUGUGAAGAGUGUGUCGUCCUUAUUCCAUUUUCCAAAAAGUGCAGAUUUUAAUAGAAAUUGGCAAUUUUAUUAUCCUUGUUAUAUCCACAGACUGUCAAUCAGACAUCCAGUCCUAUUAGCUUGUGGGUGUUUAGGUCAGUGGACCAGCUCAUUAGGUAGCAAUUGCCAUGAGCACCUGCCUUGCAAAGACUUCUCAUUAAGCUGCAUUGGGAAGUCUGUGAUUGGAAAGACACACACACACACACAGUCUGGGCUGGAGAAAAAGGGGAGGGCUUGUAAAGGCUACAGAAAUGAUAUCUGCAGGUUUUUCAAUCUGUCUUUAGAUAUAAAUAAAGCUUAAUGUAUGCAUGUUUUCAUUAGAAUUAUAUUUACUAAAUUGUUAAAAAUAAAUACAUACCAUUGGAAUGUUCCUAUAGAUUCCCCACGGUAUCUGGUCUAUGGUCAGAGAAUUUCCCCCGAACAUAGAUGCGAGGGAUUACCUGCUCUAGUGAGCUAUUGUAUGUUUGGGGGGAAUAACCCCGAACACAGACCUGCUCUCUAGCGUAUCCUCACUUACCGACCAAUUUCUUUUACGACCAAAUCGUAUGAAUGAAACCCAGUCGGUGAGGACAGCCUGUACUUUAGGUCUGCCCCCAUGGUGAACAAAGGGUUAAAAGCCAUAUUUUGUCUGUCUGCCCCCCUUCCCCCACGAUUUCACUCUGAUAGAGCAACCUAAUGUUUAUUAGAGCUUGACCACAGAAAAAUAAAUCAGUGCUUCCCUAAUGAGAAUCUGAGGACAUGUAAACAUCAUUUCAUGGAAUUAAACUCUUACAGUCCAUAAAGUGCCACAAGAGUUUGUCUUAUCCCUGCAAUGUAAAGCUUGCAGUUUCAGAGAAUCUACACUGUUAACAUUGCAGGGUUAAGGGGACAGGGUCACUGUAGCGGAUGGCAUUAGGCUGUCCUAAAAAGUGCAUUUAUGUCUCUGUAUUCGGUUGAAUUGUAACUUGUAAUAUGUGAAGUGUAUGUCGCAUUCGUCUGAUUGUUCGGUAAAAUCACUCCAGUUCUUAUGCGAAUUAAACUACAGAACAAUCAGACCACCUCAGUAAUAAGUGUCUCCAAUUACUGUUCGCAACAAUGUUGCAAACGGUAAUUGGUAGUUCGUGCAGUGCGUCCUUUGUUCUCUGGGUGGCCGCCAUUCAGGAUACGAACACGUGGCGGCGGCCAUUUUAAACUCCCAAACAGCGGUGUUUUGCAGUCGCGUGUCUGGAUCCCAAAUUGGACACUCGGUUAGGCAAACGCCGCUGAGACCUCCACACUGCCGCCAAUUCGUAUACAAACUACCAAACGGCUUCUCGUUCGGUAGUUUGAAUCCCACGAACAAGGGAAAUUACACGAAACCUCCCCAGUUUUCCUAACAUAAGUCAUUCGUGUGUUACAUUCCAUUUUUUGUGACCGACCGCAGGGCCAAAACACAUGGAGUCCUUUUCUGCUGGUAAACCCAGUGCGGUCGGUCAUUUUAGUACUUCCAUAAAUUUCGCGAACCACUGGUCCGAUCUGGGUGAUUUUUGGAUAUGUCUCACCCAGAUCAGGGCUACCAGGGGAUGUAACAUUUAAAGGGGUACCCCUAUGUUUAGGGGUACAUCCAGAAACUCUGGUAAUUUGUGUCCUGCAUAAGGGGAUUAUGUGCCACACUAAGGAGAGGGGAUGUGUGGGUGGCAAUUAGUGGAGGAUUGGCUACUGUACUAAUUAUUGCAAAUCCCUCCCUUGCAUGGGAGAAUGCUUUAUAAGGAGGUUGUGUGCAUUAAGUCAGUUCUGCUCCUGAUGCUGUGUCGUCCAGUCAUUGGGAUCUGUAUGGGGAUAUUCGUGGAUUACCUUGCUUGCUGGAAUUAUUACUUCAUGGUAUUUUUACUACUUGUUCCUGAGCCUCACUGGGGAAUACCAGGCCUCCGCUACAGUCACUGCACCCAGACCAUUCCAAUUAGAUGCGGUGGUUUAGAUGCCUAUAGUGUACAUUUAAGAUUGCUAUUCACUAUGAUUCCCAGUUAAAGCCCUGCCUCCAAAUGAUGAAAGAUGAAAUGGUUACAGUACUUGAUGUGCAUUAUUAUUAUUAUCCUGCAAUACUAAAAGCAUCAGAUGCAGUGCUUUACUAUAGGUGUGUAUUGCAAACUUAUUCAUAUGGUGUGAACUCUUAGUUUCCCCCUCCUGCUUUAGUGCCAAAAACAUGACGUCCUUGUUGGCACAUUAUCUUUCUACUGCCUGUAAUAAGCUCUAAGGCAACUCUUCCUUCCAUGUUGAUUACACUGUGAAAUAGCAACUGCAGUAUGAAUGAUCAGUAGACAGACUGCAGCUGGUUUUAUAAGCAGGGUCUAGACAAUCUGUUGCCAACAACAAAUCCUAGCAGUUCCACCAUUUGGCAGAAUGCAUUCUUGUUUUCAUAUUUGGUGCUGUAUAAUUUACUGACCAGAUUCCAGCAUUCUUUGUACUAUUUACUUCCAAGAACGAAUUAAAGUAUUUCAUGUUUGUGUGCCAGCAUAGUCCUAUUUUUGUUUUACAAGUUGGAAUUACGCUUAAACCAAAACAAUCUACGCACACAACAUUUCCCAUUGAUUUUGUUUGAUGUUCUGCAUAGUUGUGUUUUAAAUUCUAUUUUGAAAAAUUUAAUAUAUUUUUUUUUUCUCUUUAAGAAAAACAACCGUCUGUACCAGGUAUCUGUUGGACAAUGUAUGAAACUUGUUGACCCUUUGAGCCACAAGGGCUACGUGUCAAUGGCAAUCUGCGAUGGCUCUGCUUCUCAACAAUGGCAUCUCAGCUGAGCCUCAGAAAUAGUCCGAAGAGGAUGCUUUCCGAUAUAAACUCUUGUUACGUUGGCUUUACUAGCCUGAAGCUGCUAUUUUACCGGACAAUUUUGUCAGUCUCCUCAGUAUUGCGUGUGGCACGUUGUAGAAGGGUGGUGGAGUCCUUCUAACUUUGCUACAUUACAUAAGCAACUACGCUAUAAGUUACUAAUGUGCAAUUUACUAAAGAAUUAGUUCUUGGAUGCAAAGUUUUUAAAUCCCAGUAUGGUACCGAAAGAAUUUUAAUCCCCAAAUGUUUUCUUUUACAUUUUUGUUUUCUCUCAAUAUUAUCUAUCUUUAUUUUACUUGCAAUUGAAUGUUUUUAAAUUUUAAUGAUCAAUCAAAAAGUUUGUAAAUUCUGUUGCAUAUAUUUUUUCUAAGUGGUAUUUUUGAGGUUUCCACAGACAAAUGCUUUUAACCCCCACAUACAUAAUUUUAUUGGGAGUUUGUGAGAUUCUCUGCUUUCUACAAACUUUCUCCCAGGCAUGUGUUUUGUGAUCUAUUAUUUUCUUAUUGAUAUGAAAGAAAAUGUUAAUUAAAUUUCAUGAAAAUGGAUUUAAACAAACUAUGCAGAUUAGACCUGGCAAUCUGACUUCCUUUUUUAGUUUUGGACAUGUAUGUAAUAUACACUUUCUGUAGACUGUAAGCUCCAUGGGACAGGGCCCACAUCAUAAUUUUUUUUUUUUUUUUUAAAUUGUGCAUCAAAUUCAUGUAUAUUUGGUUUACCCAUUGCACAAAGUUGCAGAAUACAUUGGCAGCUUAUAGUUGAAUGUAGUAAAGGCCCAGCAUAGCGAAUUUUAGCACUAAUCGCAAUUUGAAGAUCCGCUUUUAUUCUUUGACGUGGCCAUCUUGAAUAUGCAUCCCAAAUGUCCAACAAGAAUGUGGGCUUUAAUUUUUAAAGAUGGUUUGAGCUUGGCAUUCUACUGUACCAUGAAGUAAAAUUACAUGUUGAGUCAGUGUUACUAUGCCCUCUAUGCACAUGGGGAAAAAAAAUAUUACAAUUAAUCAAUGUAACGUAUGAUAGUGCAAAGAAAAGUUCUAGAGAAAGACUUUUAAUUUUCACAUCACACCAUUUCACUGAAAUUCCAUUUUAUGUCACCACUUAACUCCAUUUACAUUUUAUUAUAAAUGCAUUAAGUGUUUAGUGUGUCAGUUGCAGGGUGCCGCAAAGCAGAAAAAAAAAUCCUCUUGUAUGUAUUGAAAUGGAUGUAAUAACAAAUAAUGCAUUUAUGCUACUCUGAAUUAAGGAUUAAUUCUCUCCUGGUCUAACUACAGAGCGUGAUAUUGUAUACAUUUAUACACUGCUCAAAAAAAAUAAAGGGAACACAAAAUUAACACAUCCUAGCUCUGAAUGAAUUAAAUAUUCUUCUGAAAUACUUUAUUUACAUGAAUGUGCUGACAAAAUCACACAAAAACUAAAAAAUGGAAAUCAAAAUUUUCAACGCGUGGAGGUCUGGAUUUGGAGUCACACUCAAAAUUAAAGUUGAUUCC